AUGGCAUGCAGCGUGCCGCGAAUUGGAGGUAUCAAGGUGGGGAAUAUUCGAUCGGAAAAUCUUGGGGAAUGGGACCGACUCAUCAGCAAGUAUGUGGACCCCCUCGCUGCUCCUCUCCUGGAGAACCUGUUCGUACAUGUGGUGAACUUCACGAAUUCCACCGGUUCCCGUUUUUUUAUUCCCGAUGUGGGGAAUUCUUCUGUUGUUACAAUACCACCAACAGCCCUUCUGGUUUGCAUGAUUAUCAUUGCUGUGGGACUCCUUGUGGGAACGGUUACCCUGAGCGUGUGGCGCUACGGUCGUACCACCGUUACAAACCAUGACGGUGUGCCAAUAUCGCUGAAGCGCGUGUUGGUGGAGGAUACUGUGCUCAUGCUGUUGGUCAUUCUCACGGCAUUUGGUUUUGCGUGGUCGAACUCCACCACCGCCGCCACACUGGUAAUAGGUGAUGACUUGCACCUGAUGUCCUUUUCUUUGCUGGAGACCAGCAAGAAAAUGUACAAU